GUGCAACGAAAAGUUGUUGAAAACGAUACCUACCACACUGGGGAGAACUCAAAGGUGUGUUGUUCGAUCAACAAAUAUGUGCAGAUAUGGUCAAAUGGUUAGUGGAAUAGAUUACGAGAAACUGAAUGAAGGGAUCGAUUCUCAAGUUUUCUGA